AUGUCCUCCACUACGACAGCCGCAGCAGCGACUGCCACGGGCGCGCAUCCCCAGGGCGGCAUCAUCGAAGGCCUCAACCCGAUCCACUACAACCCCAAAGACCCCAUCGCGCUCUUCAUCAUACAGGCCUUCAUUAUCAUAUUCUUCUGCCGCCUGCUCCAAUGGCCGCUCUCCAAGUUCGGCCAGCCGCGUGUCAUCGCAGAAGUCAUCGGCGGCAUCGUCCUCGGCCCCUCCGUCAUGAUGCGCAUCCCCGGCUUCAAGGAGAACAUCUUCCCCACCGAGUCCAUGCCCGUCCUCACCAACGUCGCUACAAUCGGUCUCCUGCUCUUCCUCUUCCUCGUCGGUCUCGAAGUCGAUACGCGCAUGUUCAAGUCCAAUUGGCGCGUCGCUGUCAGCGUUGGCCUGGCUAGUAUGAUGCUGCCCUUUGGUCUUGGUGUUGCGGUCGCUUGGGGCUUGUACGAGGAA